GUUGAACUUGAAAGUGCUUCAAACCUUCGCCAGUCCGCCAGUCAUCAAAUUUCUGUGGGCGGGUGCUGUGCUCCUCUUUAAUCUUGUCUCUGCUGGCUUUCUCAUCUGCAAGGACCAGGUUUUCGGCAAGUGAAUCACACGCACAUGGGGAUGGUGCACAACAGCAUUAACAAGGAAGGCGGGUGCUUGCUGGUAAUAUGGGGCGUAGCACCUAAGUUUCCAGUUCCUUCUCGCUGCUGACUUUCAGCUUCUUGUGAAAGUCCAGAGAGCGUGCAAUGGCGGAGCAGGGGUUGGGCCGGCUCCCGGAAGCUGCUUCGAUGCAGAACCCGACAGGCGAACAAAGUCAGGGACAGUCCCGCAUGAUUGGGGACUAUGCGGUGACCCAGCAAAUAGGCUCUGGGUCUUUUGCUGUUGUGUGGAAGGGCCGGCACAAGGAGACUGGGCGGGAGGUAGCCAUCAAGGAGAUAGCCACAGAGAAGCUCAACAAGAAGCUGAGGGAGAGUCUGGAGUCAGAAAUCGCUAUCCUCGAGAAAGCGAACCACCCCAAUAUCAUCCACCUUAUUGAAAUCGUCAAGCAUCCUGACCGCAUCUUCCUCAUUCUGGAGUAUUGCGCGGGGGGUGACUUAUCAGAGUUCAUUCGGCGGAACGGGCGUGUCCCAGAAAGCAUUGCCCGGCAUUUUCUGCGCCAGCUUGGGGCCGGUCUUCAGAUCCUCCGAAGCAACAAUCUGAUCCAUCGUGACUUGAAGCCUCAGAACUUGUUACUUCUGACGAAAGAGAAGAAUGCUGUCCUCAAGAUUGCCGACUUUGGGUUUGCAAGAUCACUUCAACCUCAGAACCUGGCAGAGACACUCUGUGGUUCGCCCCUGUACAUGGCGCCUGAAAUUCUGCAGUUCCAAAAGUAUGACGCCAAGGCUGACCUUUGGAGCGUAGGUGCCAUCCUAUUUGAGUUGGUCACUGGCCGGCCACCUUUUGGGGGAGCCAACCAUGUCCAGCUGCUUCGCAACAUUGAGCGCAGCGAGGCGCGCAUCCCAGACGGUGUUGCGUCCAGCCUGUCUGACGCUUGCAUCAGCAUGAUCCGCCUCCUUCUUCGGCGCAAUCCAGUGGAGCGCCUGUCCUUUGAGGAGUUCUUCCACCACCCCUUCCUCGACCUUCCCAAACGACGGAGCGCGCCCGACGCCGAAACCGCUGCGGCAAAGCCCUCCCCUCUCGAUCUGCAAACGAACCCCUCCAGGCCCAAACCGGGUGGCCACCGGACCGACCCGGCCAGGCAGGGCAGCCCGAACAUCGCGUCAAUGAAGCCUCCACCCCCCCUCAGCAGCAGCCCCUUCCACCACGAUGGGGGCAGUCGGGGCAGGAGCAUCAGCUCGGGGGGGGCAGAGUAUGCACUGAAGCAUGGCAGCAGAGACUGGGACUCCAAGGGGCCGGUUACGAAUCCGGGGGCGGGAAAGAGCGGCAGCGGACUGGAAGGGGGGCCGUCACACCAGCAGCCGAACGGUCGCACUCCGGACAGGGGCUCCCAACGGGCGCAUGCGGUUGAUUCGCUGCAGAAGGGGCGGGGCUCGGCAGACUCGAUGGAGGGCAUCGAGCGAGAGUAUGUCGUCAUCCACGGGCCGCUGCAGGCCUCCUCUGAGAUGGGCCAAGAGAGCGGGCUGGGCCAGGCGCCGGUCUCUGCCCAGCCGAGUGCGCAGGCGCCGCCGUUCGAGGUGGGAACAGGGCCCCGCGUGGAGUUGGCCGAGGCCGCCAGCGAAGGCAGCCGGGGCCAUUCACACGACGGCAGGGAGGACGCCCAGCAGGCGCCGAGUCCCCCAGCGCGCAUCGCGUCCCUGCACCGCUGCGCGCGGCUGAUUACGGAGUUGGCAAUUGACAAGUUGGAGGCGGAGCAGCGGCCGGAGGCGCUGUCGCUGCACCUGCUGUGCCUGGCGGCGUGGCGGGAGGCCAUCACCGUGUGCCACGCCUGGGCCGAGACCCUCGACGGUGACGACUCCACGUCGUAUACCCCCCCCUUCCCGGACUCGUCGCUCCCGGGCAGCCUGAGCAGCCAACGCAUGCUGUUUGACGGGGGCCCCGAGGCGGCGUGCGCGAGUGUGGAGCGCGAGUUUCUGCUGGCGGUGGAGCGCGCCGAGUCGGUGGCGGCGGAGCUGGGCGCGGAGCGGGAGGCCGAGGUGCCCGACGCCAUGGAGCUGGUGUUCCAGGCCGCGCUCGCAGUGGGCAGGGCCGGCGCGGUGGAAGAGUUGAUGAACAACGUGAGCAACGCCGCUGUCGCGUACAAGAAGGCCGCCGCGCUGUUCCACUUCUUGCUGGCGGAGGCGCCCUCUUUGCACACGACGAGCAGGGAGCCCCUGGUGCUGUCCCCGGCCGACGGCCUCCGGCUGCGGCGCUACCACGACGCGCUGACGGCGCGCCUGGCUCACUGCACCGAGCAGCGGGUGCUGCAGCACCAGCAGAAGCAGCAACAGAGGGCAGGCUUUGGGCUGCACGCUUGAGGUGGAUGCGGGACCGUGGAAGUGCACUUGGGUGUGUGAGUAGAAGCGCUUCUUUGAAGACUAGGUAUGGUGUAGGAAAUAGAACGGAAGGUAUGGCUGAGCAACCCGAGGAUCCACGGGCAGCAGGCAGUCUGCGGUUCUAGAGCUCGUGGGGGGCUCUGUCAGCAGCUUUCAGGGCUGCUUGACGUUUGGCAGAAUGCUGGUUGCUGGAGGAAGAACUUGGUGUACAGAUUUGAACGAAUUGAUCACGGUCCUAAGCGGCCGAGCUAGUGUAUGUAACUGAACAUGGACGACUAAGGAGAGGAUACUCUGAGUUGUACAUUACGAAAGUGGGUAAGCAGGUUGUAUUAGAGAGAGCUCGCGGUCUGGUCCAUUCCCGGAGGAUGAGCGCUGAUAGAAGACAUUAAAAGAGGAUGAUUGACCACUUGGGGAUGUUGAUACUGAAUUAUAUACACAUGUACUAGCAGGUCUCGCAUACCUAAGUGGUUACUGCUGAUAGACGCUUCUUGGUAGUACCAGUGUAGCCAUCUAGGAGCACAUUGCUGAAGAUAGUGAUACAUCUUCAAGCACUUUCCACAGUGAACAGCAAUUGUUGAUUCUUCGAAAAUUGCUUGGUUUCAAUUCAAUCUCCACCGGGUCAAGUUGG